UCUGAAAUGACAAGCGGAAAACACCUGAUUGUCCAGCAGUGUUUUUACAAGCUGCUGUGGGUUCUGGUUGUCACAUAUACACUUUCAGAAUUUAAUAGUACAGAGAAGAGGACAGACGACGGACAGCGGAGGACCCGAUCGGACUCGAGAUGACUACUCAGGGUCAGGAGGACGAGAAAAGAUACGACCCAAGAGACACGACUCUGAAGUUUGUCAACAGGCCGGAUGAUCUGGAUCCACUACCUCCAGACGAGGGAGACAAAUGUCUCAGAGCGGAGAUGUCCUGCGGCCACGCAGUCACCCCACAGUCUCUCACCGGGUGGUGUCGCAGCCUGCUGGAUCAGGGUCAGUACAAAUUUAAGUGCCCUGCUUUAAAGAAGGACACCUUGCAAAGGUGUGAUGCGGUGUGGUCUUAUCAGGAGGUGCGCAGGCUGGCAGUGCUGACACCUGAAGAGAUGCAGUAUUUCGAAGAGAACAUGGCACGUAUUGCUACUGUAGAAUACUGUGAAGUCCAGACAUGUCCUGGGUGCAAAACUUAUGUGGAGAGAGAGGACCUGACCAACCUCAACGCGCAGUGCCCAAUCUGCACAGCAGACAAGAAGAAGGCCUACCAGUUCUGCUGGCAGUGUCUGAAGCCAUGGAAAGGUCCUGCUCCUCGCUCCGACCGCUGCGACAAUGACAGCUGCGUCAAUCAUGACCUGGAGCUUCUCAAGAACUGCAAGACCACCGCCCUCCCUCAGGUGAAGGGGGUCGAGGCUUGUCCCUCCAUCCGAGCCUGUCCGACCUGCGGCCAUCGAGUGGAGCACGACAAAACUGGCUGCAAGAACAUCAUCUGUCCUCGCUGCCAGGUUGAGUUCUGCUUCGUGUGUCUGAAGCUCACGCCCGAGUGCCUGAAGACGAGCUCUUACUUCAUCCCUUGCAGUGAUGGUGUGGCUCCCAGACAGACCUCCAUACCCGUGUGGCACAGAAACUAAGAUGGAGUUUGCAAAUGCAUUCACUUCUCAUGAUGUAGCUCACAUUUCAUAAGAUUCUCCUGGCAAAUGAGGCCAAAAGUACAGGCUUGUAGAUGUAUUUGUUCAUGCGUGCUGUCACUAUGGAAGCUCUCUGUUGUAUUUUCUCAUAAUGUUUUUAACGUUGCCGCUGACGGUUCCUUCCCUCGAACUGAUCUCUGCUCAAUAACCAAUCACCGAAACACUUAAUAAACUUAAUAACUUAAUAAAGUUAUGUUUACAUAAAUGCA